AUGUUAUCCUUUCAAGUGGCAGGAAUGGACUUCGCUGGGCCCUUGUGGAUGCACUUCAAUUUCGAACGGACCUUUCAACAGCACAUUCAGGAUGCUUGCAGUCAGAGGAACGUAAGCUUUCACUUUAUUCCACCAGGCUCUCCCCAUUUCGGUGGAUUGUGGAAGAGUUCUAUAAAGAUAGCGAAACAACUGAUCGUUAAAUGUACCAAUGGAACUGCCCUGAACUACGAAGGUCUAACGACGGCGGUUACUCAAGUGGAGGCAAUAACGAAUUCAAGGCCAUUUUACGCACUAUCCUGUUAUGCUAACAAUUUUGAGGCAUUGACACCUGGACACUUUUUGGUCGGUCGUACUCUAAACUCAUUGCUGGAGCCAUGUGACGAAGAAAUGUUGAAACUGCCCAUUACCAAUCAUUGGAAACGCAUCCUAGCUGUUCAAAACUCAUUUUGGAAUCGCUGGUCAAAGGAAUAUCUCACUCUAUUAAACAGCGUACAAAGUGGAUUGUUCGCUCCAAGAACAUCAAGGUUGGGACACUUGCCCUAA